AUGGCGCUGAGACGACCCCAUCGAAAGUCACGUCAUGGAUGUGCCGAGUGCAAGCGGAGACGAGUGAAAUGUGACGAAGUGCGGCCGUCCUGCUCGAACUGCUCGAAGCGCGAUGCUCAGUGCGAGUACAGUGCAGCGGCGUCGUUGUUGUGGGCGAAUGAACCGUCGUCCACGUCCUCCCAACCGCCUUCGACUGCGAGGCUCGAAACGCCUGACGAGCCCGAGUCCAGGCAUGGCGUGCAAAACAGAGACUCGUCUUUCCUCGGCAGCCUGGGCGCCGAAGAUGGGGCCGUGUCCUCGCCUCCGGACCUGAAUCUCACGGAUCUGGAGUUAAUGAUGCAGUGGGUCACAGCGACAUUUCAUGUCAUGUCUCGGAACGAACGCACCGAUCCGGUCUGGCGGACUGUGGUGCCUCAAGAAGCGCUGGGGUAUCCCUUCCUCAUGCAUGGGAUUCUAGCACUGUCUGCCCUUCACCUGGCGCGCACCAAGAGCGAUCAGCUCAGACCGGGCUAUAUGAGCACGGCCAUUGCUCAUCAGAACCAUGCUUUGUCGUUAUUCCGAGGUCUCCUCAACGACAUCAACUCGUCCAAUGCCAAGGCCAUCUUCUCGUUCUCGACAAUCGUCCUCGUCUAUUCCUUUGGUUUCUCGCACACAUCAGACACGAGAGAUCCAUGGAACACCUUGGCCGAUAUUCAUCAGGUACUCAUCCUAGCCCACGGGCUGCGUCAAGUCCUACAAGAAUCCAGGGGGGCUCUACAGGAUAGCACGUUCAACCCGCUCAUGCAGUUGGAACCGGAAGAAUUCACGUUGCCGGAAGAUGCACGGGUAGCCUUGGGGCAUCUGCACGAGGCAAACAAUUCUCUCGGGUCCUAUGGUGGCAACCAUCAGACGAUGAUGUACAGCAAAGCACUCGGGGCCAUUGGAAACGCCCUCGGCGAGGUAUCUGCGGGCCUCUCUUCAAUCAAUGUCGCCUGCAAGCUCGCAAUCCGUCUCCCUCGCAAAUAUGUGGAGUCAGUCGGCGAGCGCCAACCCCUGGCACUCGCGAUAAUGGCCUGCUACUGUGUUGUGCUGCACCGACUGAGGUACAACUGGUGCAUCGACGAUUGGGGGAUCCGGCUCGCUAGAGCUAUCUGGCUUGCGUUGGAUGACGAAUGGCGCCCGCUCACGAACUGGGCCAUGAUGGAUAUAUUUGGGCCGGACUUUGCCAAUGCACUACAGGCAUAG